UAAAGGUGGCGGCGCCCAAGUUUUUUUACUGUAAUCCAACACUGAAAUCCAAUGCAUAAUUUACUUAUCCUGAACCAAUAAUAAUCAAUAAUAGGUGGCCCAAUCGUGGCUUGCCCCUAGUACGUAUGUCUCGGUAUCGAAGUACAGCAAUGGCGCUAUUCCGUAGCCAGUCUUCGCUUAUCAGGCACAAGGGCUAUGUUGGAGGGAAAUGGCUGGACGGGGAUUCCACAUUCCCUGUUUACAACCCUGCGACUGGCGAAGAGUUGGGGCAAGUCGCUAAUAUGGGUGCGAAAGAAGGGGAACUAGCUGUACAGGAAGCUUAUAAAGCUUUCCAAACGUGGAAGAAAACAACAGCAAAGGAAAGGAGUGAAAAACUACGCAAGUGGUUUCAGCUUAUUCUGCAACAUCAAAAUGAGCUUGCAGAACUUCUCACAACAGAACAGGGUAAACCCCUGGCUGAAUCUCUGGGGGAAGUUAGGUAUACUGCUAGUUUUGCAGAGUGGUUUGCUGAGGAGGCAAAGCGUGUAUAUGGUGAUAUAGUCCCUAACCCAAUACCUGGGCGACGGCUUCUUGUUCUGAAGCAACCAGCUGGUGUGGCAGCCCUUUGGACCCCGUGGAAUUUCCCCCUUGGCAUGAUCACAAGGAAAGCAGCUGCUGCUCUUGCUGCUGGUUGUACAGUGAUCAUCAAACCAUCUGAGGAAACUCCAUUCUGUGCUCUAGCUUUGCAGCAGCUUGCAGAAGAAGCAGGCUUUCCUGCUGGGGUCAUCAACACCAUUCCGUGUUCCAGGGACCGUGUCAAUGAAGUGACAGACACUGUUCUCAAGAGUGACCUUGUUAGCAAGAUGUCAUUCACUGGUUCGACUGCCACAGGCAAAAUACUGAUGGCAAAGUGUGUUGAUACUGUGAAGAAGAUGUCUUUGGAACUUGGAGGGAAUGCUCCUUUCAUUGUGUUUAAUUCAGCAAACAUUGAGAGUGCAGUCAAGGGGGCACUUAUCUGUAAAUACAGAAAUACAGCCCAGACAUGCAUUUGUGCAAAUCGUAUUAUUGUGCAAGAUGGGAUCUAUGAUGAGUUCGCAAAGCGUUUCGCAGAAGCUGUUGACCAGCAGUUGAAAAUCGGUAAUGGAAUGGAUGCUGGGACAACUCAAGGGCCACUUAUCAACAAAAUGGCAGUGGAAAAGGUUGAACGCCAUGUUGCCGAUGCAUUGUCCAAGGGUGCCAAGCUAAUGCGAGGUGGCCAUCGCCAUCCACAGGGAGAGAACUUUUUUGAGCCAACAGUACUUACAGAUGUCAGCCCAGAUAUGUUAGUCUGCAAAGAAGAGACUUUUGGCCCUUUGGCACCACUCGUCAGAUUCAAAACUGAGGCAGAAGCUGUUGCCAUUGCUAACUCAACUCAAAGCGGGCUUGCAGGCUACUUUUACUCUCAAGACCUGAGUCAAGUUUGGAGGGUUGCAGAAGCUCUAGAGGUGGGCCUAGUGGGUGUCAACGAGUCUAUGAUAAGUACUGAAGUUGCACCUUUUGGCGGGUGGAAGCAAUCUGGACUUGGUAUAGAGGGGUCUAGGUAUGGGAUACACGAAUACCUGGAGACCAAGUACGUAUGUAUGGGAGGAAUCCAAGAGCAGCCUUAGAGAGAUUGACAGGUGACGUCCCUAAGAUAGGUGAUUUAAAUUUAAGCAGAUUGUUAAAGAGGGAAGGAGGGUGUUGUAGGAGUUUGCAAUACUCUGCCCUUUUUGACUGAUCAAGUAAUCCAGGGUGUUGUAAAGAAGGGGGGCGUUGGGGUGCUAUGUGGUGUAAUUGCCCCACCUUGUAGUAUACUCUGCCUUCUUGGAUUAAUGAUUCAUGUUUACUUUUGUUUUACUUUUAAUACUGUAACUACGAUAUACGAUUUACGAUUAUACAAGUAUAUCAAGAGAGGUCCUAUGAUGCAUGUCAACCUCUGCUUUCAAAGGAUAUGAAACUCAAUAUUAAUGUCAUCAUCUGGUGUUGUGUAUAUCGUCUUGAAAGCUCCUUAGAAUGUCUUGUACAAUCUACUUCAAUCUUAAUAAAUCUGUCCUGGAAAACAGUAGCUAUAAAUGACGCAUUUUCUAAAAGUAGAGUUUGUUGAGCGUACUGUGUCUUUUGUAUUUAAUAAAAUGGGAUAUCUGUUAA